CAGCCACGCUGGGUAGUCCUUACUUGUCGCUAACGCCUGCGGGCCCUGACAGCCCGAUCUCAGCGGCCGCCACCGCCGCUACACACAUCACAGCCGUGCAGCCGCUACCGCCUACACUUCAUGCUUACAGCCACAGCCACAGCCACAACCAUAAUCACAACCACAACGACUUGUCGCCCCACCAGCACUCGCUGUUGCCGCAAAAACACUUCCAGCUCUCCGAGAACUCCGCUUUCAACUUAGCCGCCUUUCGCCACACGCCUGCAGGCGCUGCUACCGCCAUUGUUGCUGGUGCUGCCGGCUUCUCCUCUACGGCUGCCGCAUUCUAUCAUCGCUUGAAUAGCUUUGCCGGCACAAGUGAGAGCACAAGCACCUCUUCCACCGACUACUGCUUGCCACCGUACAAUAGUUUGGUCCCUAGUGAACAACCGUCAACGCUUGCCCCAUCAUCCGCCGCCGCUGCUGACAAUAUGGAUCUCAUCAAUCCCUAUAUGCGCCAUCAUAGCUUUGCCACCAGCCAGAGCAGCUCGCCAUCGGCCAUGGCUAUGGCCACAUCGAUAGCGAAUCGUAGUCCUCCAGCAGGCGCCGCUGCCGCUGCAGCAGCUGCGCUCCAUCACCACCUCCCGAAUGCCGCCGGCUUGUCGAACGGUUUCGCCGAAGCGGCCGCCGCUGCUGCUGCCGCGCACCAUGACUAUCAGAAUUUAGCUGCCGCGGCGGCGAGUCGCGAUCACCUGCUCGAUUAUCACAGCGCUGCAGCGGCUGCCGCAUACGCUGCGAACAACAAUAAUCUCUCCAGCUCGCUUAUGCUUCUCAAGGCCCCGCCCAAACAGCUGCACUCGCUUGAGGCGAGCGGGACAAAGUCAACGCGCUCAGCUGAAGAUUCCUCCACACCGCCGCCUCUGCUGUCGGCGAGUAGCGGUGGUGGCGCUGGCGCCGAUCACUCCUCCGUCGCCUCAUCAUCCCGCCUGCAAUCCGAGUCGCCCGACAACUGUGCGAAUUCGCUACACCAGCGCAACCGCUACGACAACAACUCCAGCCCCGGUGUGGACAGCUCCAAAUCGUAUCCCGUGAGUCAACGUAGCGGUAGUGGCGGCGAAGAAGCGGGCAAUAAUAGCGAAUCGAGUCCGCCACCGCCUGACUACAGUCCCGAGAACCUCUCGGCGCAUCGCGCCAAAUACGUGUCUGCAUUGCAAGCAUCACAUCACAACAAUAAUAACAACAGUAUGGGCGGCGGCGUACACCCACUGGGUGUGCAUCACAAUAAUAACAACAACAUGUUGGAGCACAAACUGCCACUGAGUUUUCUGGGACCGCCGCUGGCGGCUCUGCACUCAAUGACUGAAAUGAAGACUGGCGGCGUUGCGGGGUCUAUGAUGAAUGGUUAUAAUAAUAGUCAGCAGACGCACAUGAUCAGUGACGGACGGGGUGGUGUGGUGAGUAGCGGUAUAUCGGGUUCGAUCACAACCACAACGACAACACAUACGCAAGGCGCCGCUAAUCCGCAUGGAAUUGAUACGAUAUUGUCGAAACCGCCGCCGGUAACAUCGGCGGGUCUAAGUGCUUUAGCGGGAGGUGGCAUACCGCGUUUCUCCAUUGCCGCCGCCGCUGCUGGAAUGGCCCAGUACUUGUCACAAAGUCAAGGCGCUCCGCUAAAAACGCAUGCUGGCCACAUUGUGGAACGAACGCAUUUGUACUGGCCGGGAUUGCAGGGAUUGGUGGCGAAUCCAAUAGCGUGGCGUGAAAGGCUGUCGAAUACAAUGUCUGCGAGUCUCUCACAGGCACAUCAACACCAUCAAGGCAACGAUAAGGAUGGCAAGAAGAAGCACACCCGCCCAACUUUUAGUGGCCAGCAAAUAUUUGCGCUGGAAAAGACAUUCGAACAAACGAAAUAUCUGGCGGGGCCAGAACGGGCGAAACUCGCCUAUGCCUUAGGAAUGACCGAAUCGCAAGUGAAGGUCUGGUUCCAGAACCGACGGACCAAGUGGCGCAAGAAACAUGCCGCGGAAAUGGCAACCGCCAAACGGAAACAGGAUAUUAUGGGCGGUGGCGAACCGGACGGCGACUGCAGCGAGACAAUGGACAGUGACAAUGAGAGCCUGGAUAUGGGCGAGAAUCCGGCGCAGAGUAAACGUUGUCGUAUGGGUGAUAAUUAUCGUUAGAUGAGCGGGCGGGAAAAACGUUGUGGAGACACUUGCAUAGCCUUGUAGAGGAGUUGUUCGAGGCAGAUAGCUUCGAAUUUUCCGUAGUCUGGAAUAAAAACAAAAAAAAUAAUAAUAAUUAAUGACUAGUUAAUAAAGGAAAGUGAUUAUUUUAUUUUCCAAUCGAUUAAGUACCGGCAUAACGCGGUGAUAACCAUAGGAUUUAUUGAGUCUUCUGAAGGCUUACUAGAUAAAUCUUCGUUUUUUCCUUCCUUAUAAUUUAAGCAAAUUAUAAUUUUAUUCUUAAAAAUAUUACCAGUUUUUCAGCAUUCCUUUGUUUUUUUUUUUGUAAAUAUUUUUGCGUACUUCAAAAUUACUUUUUAAGGUGUAAAUUGUGUAUUUGUAUAGCUAAUUAUGCGUAAGAAUGUAGAAAUUCAAAAUUUUUUAACUCUAAAAAUUGCAAAGGCAAGGAACUUAAUUUAAUAAAAAUUAAUGCAGCUUAGCAGUUAGUAACUUAGUUAAGUAAGAAGGAUAGCUACAAAGCGAAUAACAGAGUUACAAAAAAUAUGUUUACUGUGUAAGUAUUUUGGCAACGUUCGUAUAAAAUUUCACAACGGCGAUUCAAAGAGGCGAAAUUAAAUUUUUCGAUAAAAGAUAUCGAGACCUAAACGCCAAAAAAACGUGAGCGACAGUUUUUCAAAAAGUUUGUAUUCUUUUUAUGGAGAAAUAU